CACUACAACGAUUAGUGGCAAAAGGGAGCGUGAUGUCGAGGAGUUAGAGCAUCCCAAUAUCUCCACACCUCAACUUCGAAAGAAAGUUCAGUAACCAUAACAAAAGGACGUGGACUACACAGAUCCACUUGCUUUCCACAUUUCACCCUGAAUGUAACAACAUCUUGGAGCGCAGGCUAUAUUUCUCUUUUUCUUUGCGUAAGUGCAAGGAUUUUUAUUAUUAUGUGCGAGUAAUGUUUAUUUUGUAUUUUUCGGGGCUUUUUUAUUGCGUUUACCUUUGAGUUCUCUUAGUCGUUUCGUUGAUUCCGAUUAGUUUUUUUUUUCCUUCUUUUACGAAAUUUUACAGGAAAGUUGUUAUGAAGACGACUUAAGUGAUCAUCCUUUUCUUGUACUAUGGAAGGAUCCAGUGGGUCUAGUUUCGGAAUAGACACUAUUUUGUCCACAACCAAUUCUGGCAGCUCAGUACUGAUGAACGGAGAUUUUCGCCUCGGUGACAGUAACAGAACAGCAGAUUUCCGGAGCCAGGCGACCCCAUCACCAUGUUCGGAGAUAGACACUGUGGGAACAGCCCCCUCAUCCCCGAUCUCAGUUACGAUGGAGCAUCCCGAGCCGCAUCUGGUCCAAGACAGCCUUCAGCAUCACCAUCACCAUCACCAUCAUCACAGUCAGGCUCAGAGCUUGCAGCUUUCACCCCAGCCUCAUCCGCUCGGUCAGGCUGGCUGUGCCCCCAGGACUGCCACCUCCUCCUUUCUAAUCAAAGACAUUUUGGGCGACAGUAAACCGCUAGCAGCGUGCGCUCCUUACAGCACCAGUGUACCAUCUCCACAUCACAGCCCCAAAACAGAGAGCGGAACCGCCCCGGACGGCAUCAGGCCCAAACUAGAGCAAGAUGAAAACAGAAGCAAACUGGACAAAAGAGAUGACAUUCAGAGUGAUUUAAAAUAUAACGGAGCAAAAGAAGAGGGCGAUCGGGAAAUUUCUAGUUCGAGAGACAGUCCGCCAGUCCGCUCUAAAAAACCUCGUAAAGCGCGGACGGCCUUCUCCGACCAUCAACUUAACCAGCUGGAGCGCAGUUUCGAAAGACAGAAAUACCUCAGCGUACAGGACCGAAUGGACCUGGCGGCAGCCCUAAACCUCACAGACACACAAGUCAAGACUUGGUAUCAAAACCGUCGGACGAAAUGGAAGAGGCAGACGGCUGUCGGAUUAGAACUGCUGGCUGAAGCUGGAAAUUAUUCGGCCUUACAGAGAAUGUUCCCAUCUCCGUAUUUCUACCACCCGAGUUUAUUAGGUACCGUGGACAGCACUACAGCGGCCGCCGCCGCCGCUGCCAUGUACAGCAGUAUGUACCGGACUCCGUCCACACCGCAUCCAUCUCUCCAGAGACCGCUCGUCCCCAGAGUGCUCAUUCACGGCCUGGGGCCCGGGGGACAACCGGCACUGAACCCGUUAGCAAACCCAAUACCGGGCACACAGCAUCCUCGGUAAAACGAAAAGACACGGAGAGACAAAUGUAUCACAAGUGAUGUGACGGACUGCGCUGAACUUUCACAAGACGCAUUUUUUUUCUCCAACACUGAGAGACGAUUUUAUCGCAGAAAAAGAUGUAUUAUUUAAUAUGGACCAUUUCUGACGUAUAGGCCAAACUAAACCAGACGAGCCUGUGACCGUGACAGUAAAAGGACUGUUCAUUGUCAGAUUGUUUGUUUUGUCUUUUUUGGUACAAAUAAACUUAUACUAGUACAUAAGCUUAUAAAGUUUAUUAGAUUUUAAAAAAGGGUGAAAUAAAGUCAAAAUGAUAAAAAGCUAAUGUCAGAAGAUUUCUCUUGAAAGGGGCCCUGUUUACUAAUUUAAUGGGACCUUUUUAAGGCUGCUCUGUUGUUUAAAAAUAAGUUUAAUAUUUGAUUCCAAUAACUGCACAAUUCAAGAAAGAAACAUUAUAGUGAAUGUAUUUUAGCAUCAACUAAAAAAAAAUAAAGAAACAUUUAAUUGAAAUGAACUGAAUUUAAAACAAUUUAAUUUCAAAAUCUAUAUCUCUAACAUAUAGGCCUAAAUUCUAAUUAUUUUCGGCACUUGUACAUGAUGCAAGAUAUCACCAGUUUAAGGGGACAUAACAAAUCCAUAACAAAUCCUGUUUUGUUUAUAUAUAUUCGAUAUAACAGUAUGUUAGCCAAUAUAAGAUACUUUUUAGGGAACAACAUAAGUUCUUUGUAAACUCUUUGAGCCCGUCUGAACUCAUUAGCAUAGGCGUGUAUUCAAGUAAGGCUCGGGACCGGACUGCUAUAUGAGAAUAGAUGGUUUGACGCAUUUGCUCUGGGAAUGGCGAAGCUGCUCCAGGUCUGGCAGCUGUUCUGUGGGAGAACCGCCGCGGACAGACAGCAGGCGUGAGCCUACUCAGCGUGAGUCAAUUAAAAGAAACAUUUCAUAUAAACAAUUAUAAACCUCUGUGGAAGUCUCCCGAGAUUAAUAUUCGCUAUUUGUCAUUCGUGCGACACUUAGGUUAAUGCUGUAAAAAAUACAACCACAGAGAAACCAACUUUAUUCAUUUAGCCUAUUUAAAACAGGCCUUAUGAUUUAUAACCUACAUAAAUAUAUUAUUCCAGAAAAAUCUGUAUUUCAUUGCCAGUUCGUGCUAGUCGUGCACUCAAUAGCACAGUUCUAACACUAAGAUAAUGAACAAAAAUGUCUCAGUGAGUGGAUGUGUAUAAACGUGGUCUAAAAAGAACAAAAUGAAUUAUAAAUAAGAGACGCUGCCAAUUCGAAAUGAGAAACAUAGGCUAUAGCCAAAGAUUACACAAUACAUAAUACAUGACCGCAAAAUUUCGUAUGGUAGCAUAAAUCCACAAUUUUAGUUAUAGAAACUUAGGCCCACUCUCUUGGUCAGAAUUACUUAGGAAGAUUUACACGAAAUGAGAAAGAAAGAAACCAAACGUAAGUAUAAAUAAUCACGUGGGUUUUCUUAGGGGAAUGUAAUUAAGUGAACAUUACAAUGCUUUUCUUUUUUGAGCACGAUAACAUCCCCUGGAGGACUGAAUAGACUGCAGGAUCGAAUAGCCUCAGGGUGCGUUUGUUUGGGCUCCCCUAAUUGGAGAAUAGGCUGCUGAUUUCUGCGCUGCUAAAUUCUUAUUAAAGCCAAGCUGACCUUUGCUAUGUGGUUUGAAACAAUAUGAGAUAGGCACGCCAGUACAUGUCUUACAUUUUCUCCAUAAUAAGAAAAGACAAAAAAAAAAAAAAAAAAAAAAAAAAACACAAAAACAAAGUAUAUGCAAACAAAGCAUAGCCUUAUAGCCACAUUUUUGAAACACACAGAAACACAAGGAACACAAUUUUUGUUAAAUUUAAGCGAAAAAUAUUUGAAAGCAAACGAAAUUCAAAAUUCGAAAUUCAAAAAUUCUAAGCUGUUUAUCUUUCGUAUCUCGACAAAAGUUAUGGAUAUCCCCGUAGAGCUGGAUUCUUUAGUUUUUGCAGGAUACGCAAUUUUAUAGGCAAUUGGAGUCAUUUCUAUACAAUAUAAAAAGCAUGUGUUCAGCUGAAAUGCUGUAGUGCCCGUCUUGCAUGCACUAUCAAUAACCUCAUUUAUUAUGGGCCAAUAAUAUACGCUGCUCUAUUUGCAUCAUCUGAAUCGCUUGGAAUGCGUUAAAAAGUGCCAUUUUUUUCUUCGUUAAUUGGAUAUAUUCAAAACGCAUCAAAGAAUAUUAGGUUUAGAACCGAAAAAAAGUGCUAUAUCGUAAGCAAAUAUAUUUUAAUAAUUUUUAAUAAUAAUAAAUCCAUCCGUAUAAUGUUCUAAAUUAUGGGACAGUAAAUUCUUUUACAAGGCUCAUAAUUGAUGCAAGUGAGUUAACCGGGACAAUGAGUAGCCUAAUGAUAAAUUCCGACGUUCCGCACUCGUGUUACAAUUCAGACGAAGUGCCAUUUUCAAACCCUUCUCUAUUUUCAAGGCUUAUCGAAAGCGGAGUGGCUAUGAAUGUUUAGACUAUAUGAAAAAAAAAAAAAAAAACCUUUCCUAUUAAACCCUUUAGACAGACAAGAUACCUCAAAAGUGCAUUUUAUAAUUUUUGUAUUCAGCAUUUGUAGUGGAAACAGUAUGUUGGCAUAUGUUGUUUCACUUUUCUGUGCGCCAUCAGCAAGUUGAGUGUGGAGACAUUAGCCUUCUGUGGUAUUCCUGAAAGUGUAAUAUUUAAUUAUAAAUAAAGUGUAAUAAUUUAAUUCUUAGGAAGUGAUGCUUGAUAGCAUCCUUAAAACAUUGUGGGGCAGUAAAUGCUCAAUUUUCUACGACCUUCUGACCAAGAUCUGUUCGUUUUAUUUAACCCCUGGUUAAAAUUGACUUCCAAAGGGCGGAAAUUAGGGAAGCCAGGGACCGCUAACGAGCUAGGUGAGAGGAGGGGUGCUGAAAUUAAAAGAGGAUGUUCAGACCUUUCAUUUACAUGACACAUAUUAUAGGAACAGAUUGCUUGAAGGAAUUGGUUUGUUCUUGUUGCUUCCAGGAGCCCAAGUAAGGUUUUGUAAUUGUCACAUUUUCCAGCUGAUGUCAUGUUAGGGAUGUCUUAUUAUCCUAAUGAGGGAAACGCACCAGCUCUCAGAGGCCCGCUCAUUACCGCAUUACUCACUCGCACUUUCUUAACGCGCCAUCUUUCAUUCUCAAAUUGCAGGGAGGUAACCAGACGAACUUCUCGAAGAUCGUCACGUUACAAGGUCACUCACUGAAUCGUUGAAAGGCAACAAUCAGUCGUGUGGGAUUUAAAUGACGCACUGAAGGCCCGAGUCAUCGCGGUGCCUCGCAAAACAGCACGGAAGCUCCACAUUAAGCAUCUGGGUGUCCCUUAAUUAUCGUGGGUUGGAUUCUUAAUCUUGCCCUGUGGUGAUGGUGAGGUGUCAGGAUGAUGAAUUUUAAGAUGGUAGGUUGUCAACGUGUGCAUUUUCAAUGCAGACUGAAUUGGAGGAACGGUUGUAACAAGGUUAGAAUCGUUUAAAGUGUGAAAGGGGAUUUCUGCCAGGAGGCAGGAGUGGUUGACAGGCAUCGUGGUGCACCUCUGCGUUAUUAGCAAGUUUUAGAAAUUUUAGUGAAGGUGUGAAAUGGACUGAUACCUUUAAAGAUGCUUUUCAGAUGCCUGGUUAUCAUGCUUAAGAACUAGCUAUCUGUCCCUAAACACUCAAUCAUUAGUACUCAAUUCAGCACGCACUGUUUUUAUCGAGACCCUCUGUUAAUAUCCAUGGCCACACUGCUUUCAACAAAUUUACAAGCAGACAAUCUGACAGUUAUCUGGCGGUAUUGAAUAAAAUAGGAACUGCAGUGCCAUUAGAUUACGCGACAAAACUGUUAAACGUAUUUUUAUGCACAUACUUUCACAGAUUAUUUUUUCUUAGUAAGUGCAAAUAAUUGUAAUCAAAAAAUAUUAAAUGACAACUCAAUCUGAUGUUAGAAAAAUAUCUACAUUUCGAUAUGUAUGCCUUAUCUAAUAUAUAUUCAUUGUUGACUUGAUAAUGCUAUUCAGAGCUGAUGGGCUGGAAGAAUGUAUAAAAAUCUGGUACCAAAUAUCUUUCUCACCAGUUAUCAGUUCAAUCAUUAGAGCGAAUGUCUAUUUGGGUAUUAUUCACAGAUGAUGCGUGUGUAAAACUGCCAUAAAAGGAUGCAACUGUCAGAGAAAGAACUCAAAGAAAACUAAAACUAAAACAUAAUUUCCCAUGUAUAUACGCAAGGAAGCUAUUUUGUACUGCAGCUCACCUGAUUGAGUUUAAUUCCCAGAGCACACACAAAGUAUUAAAAUAUAUACCAAAAUCCAUUACCAAAAAAAAAAACUACUUAAACUUACACAGUGCAUAGUAAAUAAUAUGUCAUGUACACUAUGUACUAGUGUAUGAAUUGUGUAGUGUAUGAAUUUAAUAAGAUAGUUUUGUCAUCCAAAUUUAUAUUCUGAGAGCCCCUCCCUCUCCACUAAGUAAUUAAAGCUAGGACAGUUGAGUGCAUUAAGUGUCCAACAU